AUGACGGGAGACAUCGAAGGUUUAGGUUCUGAAACUCAUGGUAGAAACAAUGAUGGUGAGAAUGAAGAAGAGAAUUGUGACAUGGUUGAAGAAGGUGCAUCACAACUAGAAGAAUUGUUUGGAGAUAUUGCACAAGAUGAUGUAAGUGAUGAUGAUAACAAUGGUGAUUUAUUGGAGGAUGAUACAAUUCCUCAUGUUUCUGAUUCAUCGGAGGAUGAGUACGAAGACAAUGAGGACAUGGUACAAUUUCAUCCAAAUUAUAUAAAUCCAGAUGAGCUUCUACAUCUAGGAAAAACCUUAAAUACUGCAGCAGAUUUUAAGUUUGCAUUGGUUAAGUAUUAUUUGAAGACAAAGUAUGAUGUGAAGCUGUAUAAGUCAACGACUAAGAAGCUUGGAGCAAUUUGUUCAUCAAAAGAGUGUCCAUGGAGGGUUUAUUGUUCGUUUGAGAAGUCAAGAAACAAGCUGAUGAUUAAGGUUUAUACAGCUGAACAUGUUUGCAAUAAAUCAGGUUACUCAAAGAUGCUAAAAGUUCCUGUAAUUGCCGAGCUGUUUGAGGAACCUCUUAGACUGAAUCCAAAACUUUCACCAAAGGAGAUGAUGGAGUCUAUAAAGGCAGACUACAAUCUGAAUGUUACACUGUUUCAGUGUGAACAUGGAAAGAAAAAAGUGGUCGAACAAAGAAGGAAGAUGCAUGGAACACAAUUUGGUAGACUCUGGGAUUAUGAGAAAGAAAUCCUUGUAUCAAAUCCAGGGUCCACAAUGGACAUUGAGACACUUCCAGGUCCAACACAAGUAGAACACAAGUUUUACAGAGUUUAUAUAUGCUAUGAAGCACUCAGAGAAGCAUGGAAACAGACAUGCCGUCGAAUAAUUGGACUAGAUGGUGCUUUUCUAAAGUGGGAUAUAAAAGGUGAGUUGUUGGCUGCGGUUGGAAGAGAUGCAGAUAAUAGGAUUUUCCCUAUCGCAUGGGCUAUAGUUGACAUUGAAAACAAUGAUAACUGGGAAUGGUUCAUCAAACAUAUCCAAACUGAUUUGGAUCUUGGACAAGGAGACAACAUGACAAUAAUAUCUGAUAAACAAAAGGGUUUGGUAAAUGCUGUGCAUAAUGAGCUUCCACAAGCUAAGCAUCGAAUGUGUGCGCGACAUAUCCUUGCAAACUAA